CCUUGCUGCUCGACGACUGGCUAAAGUGGGUUCUGGCGGGGUUAGAAAAGUGCGGUCUGUUGCCUCCGAGGACGGAUGGUAACCUUGAUGUUCCUGGAUUUCGGUCGAGGUCGAACGCUAAUGUGGACCCAGAUAGUCGUCGAUGUUAAAAUGUAACUACCAACAUUCAUGUUGGGUCCACGAAAAGUUUGUAGCUAUAGCUGCUAUAAAAAAAAGCUUGCAGACGUGCCCAACUAAAAAACAGUAAAAAUCACGAUUCCUAAUGGUCUUCAACACCACUCGAUAACACCAGUCUUGCCUACCUAAUGUAUAAGAUAGACUCGGCGGCGCAAUGGAAGAUAUAGAAAAGGCCGGACAAUUCCCACAACAGACCCCUGCUAUAGAAACCCCUGGUUCGACUUAUCUUGAAAAGGAUCAAGGAUACUUCGACGCAAACCAGAAGCCUGAUUUGUUUGCACGGGGCUAUGGGCAGGCCGUCGACAAGACUAAUACUAACACCGGGCGUGAGACCCUCCUCGGGGAUGAAACAUACCCGGAAGGAGGGUUAGAGGCGUGGAUUGUCGUCUUUGGAUCAUGGUGUGGUCUUCUUGCCUCGCUGGGGCUGAUGAACAGCAUUGCAACGCUCCAGACGUACAUUGGGACGCACCAGCUCUCCAACUACGAUGAGGGUAUCGUCGGGUGGAUUUUUUCUUUAUAUACAGCAUUGUGUUUUCUCUGCGGCGUGUAUAUCGGACCGCUCUUUGACAAAUACGGGCCGAGGUGGCUAGUUGGGCCAGGCGGUAUAAUUGUUGUCGCCAGUGUUAUGCUGUUGAGCAUCUGUACAGAAUAUUGGCAUUUCAUGCUCAGCUGGGGCAUCCUUAAUGGGAUAGCAACAUCGUUUCUAUUCACUCCGUGUCUCGCAGCCAUUGGUCACUUUUUUAAUGAGCGCCGUGGGUUUGCCUCGGGGCUCGCAAGUACGGGCGGCGGGCUAGGCGGCGUAAUUUUUCCAUUGAUAAUGCAAAGUCUCUUCGACAGGGUGGGAUGGGGAUGGACAAUCCGCAUCCUGGGUUUUAUUUGCCUUUUCCUACUUACUUUUGCUGGUCUUUUAGUUAAGAGGCGGUUGCCUCCGGCUCACAACGCGAGUCCGCAUCCGGACUUUCGUAUUCUAAGGGAAAAGUCUUUUUUGCUCCUUACCAUCGGCGUUUUUUUCCUGGAGUUCGGGCUUCUUAUCCCGCUCGCCUACAUCUCGAGUUACGCACUCGCGAACGGCUUUAGUGAAAGCUUUUCCUUCCAGAUUUUGCCUAUUCUCAACGCGGCGUCGGUGUUUGGGCGUGCAUUGCCCGGUUGGUGGGCGGAUAAAAUCGGUGCCUUCAACACGAAUAUGAUAUCUCUUUGCGCCACAAUCUUUGCGUGUUAUGUUGUGUGGUUGCCGUUUGGCCACACGACUCCGGGGCUCGUCAUAUUUGCCGUCAUGUUUGGGUUUUCGACGGGCAACAACAUCAGCAUUACUCCAGUCUGCGUGGGAAAGUUGUGCCAAACGCAGAACUACGGUAGGUAUUAUGCUACCUGUUACACUAUUGUUUCUAUUGCUGUUCUACUCGGCCUUCCCGUUGCAGGUUCCAUCGUCAAGUCUGCCGAUGGUAACUACUGGGGUCUUAUCGUAUUUACGGGGCUUACCCAGAUUAUUUCUGUCGUCGCCAUGUACGCGGCUAGGGCAGAGAAAGUGGGAUGGUCACUUUGGGCUAACUUCUAGCUAAGGCGAGUCUGGCUAUCUAAGGUUUUCUAUCACCUUGGGCAGCAUGAAGGACUGAGUACCUCGAAAUAAAUUCCUCGGUAUCAGGUAACCGGCCGGUUUUGGGGAUAGAAUUUUGGGGUACGGCAUAAAUAAACA